AUGCCCAUCAACAUGGGCCAGCCGUCCGGCAGCAUCGACUCGUCAGCACAUCAAGUCGGUCAUUCCGCUAACACGCUCUUUCCCGGGGGCUUGCCGCAUACCUCGAUGCCCAACGAUCCGCUCACCGCUGCACUCGGCUUGCUCCCGCCCGAGCUGCUCCAAUCGCACCAGCACCAGCAUCUACAUCAGCAAUUCGCCCAGCUACCUUCAUCGCAACCCGUCGGGUCUGCAUCGCUGCUUUCGCAUGUGCACAGUCAGAUGCAGACUUCACACGAUUCGCUGCUCCCUCAAGCGCCGCAUGUUGCACACGGCUCAUCUGCUUCCGGCCUCUCACAGCCCCCUCAAGUAGACAUGCGCCAAGCCCCCCAGCUGUCGAAUAACCAGCCCGGUUCCUCGCAGCAAGGUCAGCCGCAUCAGCAAUCGCGAUCGCGUCAUCAGCAACGCUCACCAGCCACAGCUCAGCACCAGCAGCAGCAAUCCCAGCAACCCCAGCCGUCUCAGCACCAACAGUCCUCGCGUCAAUCUCAACCCCUUCCAAAUCAUCAGGGCCAGCAGGGGCAAUCCUUGCGUCCCCAGGGCCACGUGCAUCUCAACCACGGCCAGCAUCAGUCGUCGCCCCAGCCUCAGCAGCCGCCAAAUCUGGCCCAACUGCUCGGCUCCGCUUCUACAGCCCAGACGCACCAGCCAGCUCUGUUGCAGCAGCAUGCCUCGGUCCUCGCCGACGUGCGCUCCUCCAUGUCCACCUUCUCGGCCUCCCUGCACGAUGCAAAGCAAAAGACGCCUGCCGACCGCGCAGACAUCCGCAACGUCGUCUCCAUCCUCGAUGGCGCAGUCAAGACGCUUGCGGCAGAAAUCGAACAGGGCGUAGUCAAGCUUCGCGCGCUUCAAGGCUCUGCGGCUCUGAACAGCUUUGCUGGACUCCUUUCCGGCUCCAAUGCCAAUUCGAUCGGGCCCGGCUCGACAAACGGCAACGACUUGUUUGGCGCUCUCAACCAGUUCGGCCUGCAGCAGAAUCAGCAACAGCAGCAGCAGCACGGCAAUCAGGGGCUGCCCUUUGACCUCGGCCUCGGCUUCCACCAGCAGUCCCAGUCGAAUGGCAUGUUCAACAUAAAUGGCACGCCCAACUCCAACGGUCCUAAUGGCGGGCCUUCGGGACUCAACGCGCCCUUCCAUAACGACGUGACCAUCGGUCAAGGCGGGUCAGGCUCGCAGAAUGCCUCGAUGAUGUCCUCGUUGCUGGCGCAGUACCUGUCUCAAUCUAACGACCCGGCUGGCCGCCUGGGUGCGCUCUCGCUCUUCCAGUCUCUCGCCGGCGCGGGUGGCGCAGGAUCUCUGCCCGCCGGCAUGCAGGGCCUCGAUGCGCUGUUGAACCAAGCUUUGCCCCAGCAAACCCAGGCGCAACAGCAGACGCAGCAACAAGCUCGACCCGGUCAGCAAGGCGCGCAUCUUCCAAAUGGGGCUCCGCUCACAAAUGCUGCCGCCCUCGCCGCUUUGACCUCUCUCGGCGUGACACCAACCAUGCUCGAGGCCUUGGGUCUGGGAUCCGUCGCGCAGCAGAUGCUCGAAGCCCCUGAUGACGGUCCCAGCACGAACAGCAGCAAGCAGAGGUCCAGAUCGCCCGACAUGCGCGAGGACAGCCCAGAAGCUGCCUCGGUCGAAGGCUCGUCCGAACCCUCUCGCAAGAAGAGGAAGCAUGUGCGUGGCAAGGUCCAGAUUCAACCUGACGUGGGUGUCUCGAGGCCGCCUUCAAAGAUUGUGGAGAGCAAGGCCACUUCAGAAUCUCGCCCUGGACCUGCAUCUGCGACGCCGACCUCGCCACCUAUAGCCAGUGCCGCGAAUCGCGAUCGCAACGUUGCGUCGAGCUCGACCAUACCUGGCUCAGCAGGGCCAUCCGACGCUUCGAAGCGCAUCCCGACGCUCGGUGUCGGGCUGCGACAGGAGGGCGACAAGCGCUAUCGCAACCGCAAGCUUCUUCGCGAUCUGCGAGAGCAUCUGUACCGAUGGCUGGGAACCGACGAGUUCCGCAAGCUGCGCAACACGUACAAGGUGGCCGAGUGGGUGCCGAAUCCGCAUCUGACCGACGAGGAAAAGCAGAUCCUCGCCUCGCUGCCGCCGGCAGCGGUGGCGCAGCCGCCCAUCACGACGCACAUCUUCCAUGUGGACUUUACCAGCCGCGACUUUUACCGCACCAACCAGUCGCUCAUCGAUGCCAUCGUCGCAGAGGGUUCCAAGAAAGUCGAGGCCAAGCCCGAGGCGUAUGCGAUUGUUCCGGGCACGAUCGACCGCGACCACUUGGAGGACGUGGCCAAGGAUCUGAUGGACUCGGCUCGGUCCGGAUUCCGCAUGUCGCUGCGCACGGGCUUGCAGGCGGAGAAAGAGGACAAGGAGAAGCACGAAAAGUACCGAGGCGUUGAACGAGCCAAGACCAAGUGCAGGAACCGCGAGAUCGGAGCGGGUCGGCUGCGACAUGCGAUUCCCAAGCAGCUGCUCAUCCCUGGCGCGUAUUCGGACGAUGCGGCAAGUGACGAGGACCUGCACGGGCUGACCAAGUCCGAGUGGAAGCGGCAGAGGCUGCGUAAGCUGCGCAUUGCCAAGGGUUGGGAGGCGGUGACGCCCAAGUGGCGCAACAAGCACCUCACGCGCGCAUACCACAAGGCGGACAUUGUGAGCAAGAGCAAGCAGAUGGCACGCUGGCGUCGGGAUGAUCCGGUGGAUCUGCCGAUCCCGAUCAAGCUGUACGGCAAGCUGCUGCCCAAGCAGCUCUUCGAUCCGGACUGGCUGGCGGAGCAUCGGAAGGAGCUCGAGGAGGAGCCGUACUGCAUCCGCAUCAACGACAACGACAUUGACGGCUGGGAGGAGUCGCACCAUCCGCUGGGCGAAGACACGAGCGACGAGAUGGAGUGGAGCGAUGCCAAGGAGAGCUCGCUGCGCGGACGACAGCUCACCUCGGCGCCGUCGAGCAGCCGUGACAGGGGGUCAAACACUCAAUCACCCGCUCCGAUAGCUGGCUCUUCGAGUGUGCCUAUAACGCGCCCGGGCGAGGACAGCAAGGCUGGCUCAUCCACGCCCGUAUUGCAAGCCUCGAGCAGCGCACUUGCGGCUUCCGAGGCCGCGCAGCCCGAGGCGGACAAGGCGCCCGAAAGCAAGACUCUAGCACAGACCGCAUCGGAAGCCGAAGCGACCAGCAGCAUCUCUGGCAGCUCGCGCUCUGGCAACGUGGACACUGCCGACACGGGCGAUACAGGUGCCAGCGAGUCCGAGUCCGACGUGUCGACGACCGACAAGCCCCCCGCCGCACCCGCCCAAACCGACGCCAUGUCAAUGUCCGAUUCGUAG